AUGAUGCGCUCCAACCUUCUUUCCACUCUUCUCGUUUGUGUAUCCCUCCAUGGUGUGUUGGUCGACGCUACCGACUCUGUGCUGGGCGUCCAUGGCUCGGGUACUAGCAACCCUGCUCGUUGCUACGGAUCCGUCAUUGAAGAAUUGCAAGCCCGCUCCAAGGUACCAUUGCGCAUGACCUACCGUUCUGUGGGAUCUUCCAUUGGUCUGGAAGAGUUUGUGAAUGAGUUCAACCCUCUCCGUUCUGCCGAUGAUUUUGGAUCUGGAGAGAUCCCCUUGUCCACGGAACAGUGGCAGACAUUCCAAGAUGCCAAUGUGACUGUCAUGCAGCUACCCACCCUCUUUGGAGCCGUGUCCUUCUUCCAUUCGGUGCCUGACAUGCCCAACCUGAACUUGACCUCCUGUUUGUUGGCGCGCAUCUUUAUGCGAGACAUCAAGGAUUGGGCUCAUCCAGAUAUCCGGGAAAUCAAUCCUGGUCUUGACAGGCUGUUUGCUGGCGACAAUUCCAACAGUUUGGGAGCGUCUUUGCGCAUCCGCGUGGCCCGUCGAGAGGAGGGAAGUUCCAAUACCAACGCCAUUACUCAGUACUUGAGGGUUGCCUGUCCCCAACACUUUCCAGCUGACAUGGUAGGGCCUCUCCCGGAAUGGCCCAUUGACACGGAAGCCUGUCGGGGCACCUUGGGGAUGAAUGAUUGCAUCACUCAACGUGCUGGAACAAUCGGAUACAAUGACGCUGGUAUUGGUCUUUUUGCUGGAUUGGAUGAGAUCUCCAUCAAGAACAAAUAUGGCCGUUUGCUCACCUCCCAAAUUGCCGCUGCCAACGGUGGUAUCGGGGCCAAAGAAUCCGGUGUUUUGCCUUCUGACCCCACUGCUGAUUUUGGUCGAGUAUCUUUGCUCGACCAGCAGGGAGAAUACACAUGGCCCAUCACUCUCCUGACCUACAUUUAUAUCCGCACAGACUUGUCCUUCAAGACAGAUCCUGCGGAGCGUGGUCUUUUGAUUACCUUUUUGAAGGCACUCUACGAUCCCAAUUAUGUUUCGCGUUGUCAAUCCAACUAUGGAUUCUUUUUGGCGGAUGGUCCCGCCCUAGAAUUGGGCAUGAAGGGAAUUGAAUUGCUGGAGAGUGUCAAUAUUUCUCCAGAAGACCCUCAAUGGACAUUUGAAGACAAGCCUGAACCCAUUGUUGGCGCAGGAGCAUAUGUUCUUUCCUCCAACAGACGCAACUUUCCAGCAGUUGAGCGCGAACACAAUCUGGAUGGUGUGCAAGAUCUACGUGCGGUCAUCUUGCAACUCGAGGAACAGGUCGCCACUUUGCAAACCGAAUUGGAGAAUCCCAGUAGUGGUGGUGGCAAUGAUGAAGCCGAGUUUUCACACAAGUAUGAAGCCAUGAUUGUGGCAGGCCUCACCAUGGCAACACUCUCAUUGAUUUUUGUCUUGGGGCUUGCUGCUGUGGUCAUUACCCAAAGCCGAGCCGGGGGAAAGUAG